AUGACGCCCAGCGACGAAUAUAGGAAUGGAGAUAUGUGUAGCGGUGCUUCGGGCGCCUCCCUGUCAGACGAGAGCUCGGAUGAGGAGGGAAUAGGAGCUCUCGAGGCGGAGCUGUCUUUGACAGACGAAACGGCUGCAGCACGUUCGCUCCAAGCAUUGAAUGCCCUACGUAAAGCGCGUCAACAUUACGAUGUUUUACUGGUCGCACGAGGAGCUGAGAUUCCUGCACAUCGCGCCGUGCUCGCUGCUGUAUCGCCUGCACUGCUGGCCGCGUUGCCUCCCGCCGGUGAUCUACAGCCGCACCGCAUGGAUGAUCUUGAGCCAGAAGCGUUAAGAGAUCUCGUGGACUACGCGUACACGGGUCGUCUUCGCGUGCGCGACGCAGCCGCUGCGCGCCGUUUGUAUCGCGCGGCAGCAAUGCUACGAAUUGAGCCCGCUCGUCAGCACCUCGCUGACCGUUUAUUGCGACGUCUCACUCCAACCGACUGCCUGUCGCAGCGCACGCUACCAGAACUUACGCCUGCGCAUCGAGCUCAACUUGACGCGUAUAUAGCGCAACACUUUGACGAGGUUUGGGGUUCGAGCGCGCUUACUGCUUUACCGUUAGUUCGUUUAGAACUGCUGCGGGAGACCAGCGCAGAGCGAUGCGAGGAGUCGCCGGCUACACUAGCGGGGGCUGCACUGGCGUGGCUCCGGGCGGUGCCAAUAGACCUGCAAAAUUUAAUGGCGCGCACCCAUUUACUAUAUGUUGAUGCCGGUGGUGCCCUGCGGGACUGUGGCGAGUUACCAGCUGCGCGCGGUGACGCCCCCUACCUUUCAGAAUACAAGCGUGAGGCGCGCGAGCGAGAGCGAGAAGUGGGACGAGAACGGGAGGCAGCAAGACGAACCGCAAGUGGAGUGGUUGACGAGGAGAAUGGAGUGGUGGCAGCGCGGCGAGUUGCCGGGGGCACUGAGACACGCACACUGCUGUAUGUGCGAGGCACCUUGAUUGCUGCGCAGGUUUCGUGGCGUGCAGCCAGCGCAUCGGAUACACCGCGCGGAGGCCGCCUUGGCGUAGCCGCUGAUGACCAGCCACAAGCAGAUCAAGAGGACGGUUCAUGCCGCGCGCAUAUGUCGGUGGGAAGGUGCGCCAUGGGUGCUGCCGAGGUCGGUGGGCGGUUGGUGGUAUGUGGAGGGUAUGACCGCGCCCGCGUCCUGCGUUCCGCCGAAGCUUAUGACCCUGAAAAUGACACAUGGACACCGUUGCCCGACAUGCGACGUGCACGCGCUCGUCUAGCUGCGGCACGACUAGCCUCCCGACUCUAUGUACUAGGUGGUUCAGAUGGAUACACCGAGCUCGAUUCAGUUGAUGUGCUCGCUGAUGGAGCGAAAACCUGGACCGCUGUUGCACCAUUACCUGUUGCACGCCAAUACGCAGCUGCCGCAGCAAACGACUCGCAAGGUCAGCUAUAUGUAGUAGGUGGUUGGGCCGGUGGACGCUCGUUACGCGACGUACAUCGGUAUUCAGCUGCCGACAACUCGUGGAGCGAUGCACCUGCUCUCUCUACGGGGCGUUCCCAGUGCGCCGCUGCUGUAUGGCAAGGAGCGUUGUGGGCGAUCGGCGGCUGCGAUGAGUGGCGCUGUCUCGCUUCGACCGAGACGCUGUCAUUGGAGGGAGAUGCUACCGCAUGGCGAGCCGGCCCACCUCUGCCUACGGCGCGACGUUCAGUGGGUGCGGCUGUGUGGCGUGGCGCUCUGGUUGCUGCUGGUGGAUCGGCUGGCGCGGCCUCCUUGCGCUGUACGGAAAUACUAACUGUGGGCGCUACAGCAUGGUGUAGCGGACCUUCAUUGCGGCGUCCACGCGCAGCACCAGCUCUUGCACCGGUGGGAGAAGCACUUUAUGCUGCAGGCGGAUACUCAGGAAAACAGUUCUUGGCGUGUGUUGAAUGCCUGCAACAACUAGAUGGCGAAUGGACAACGUUGCUAGACUCUCCGGAUGUAACCAAACUUGCCAUAACAGACACUCUAGAGGCAGUAAAUGAAGGAGAGCAACGAGAUGUGACCGGGAAUCAAGCUGUGUAG